AUGGGCUUGGCGAAGCGAUACUGCGUCGAGUAUGUCGACGGGACGAUUGAGUGUUUCCGAGAUGGCGGGUUCUGGUAUACCGAGAAAGGACAGAUAAUCAAAUGGGGGAUCCUGGGCGGUCUGUUCGGCAUCUUCAUGCUGUGGUGCAUCGGCGGCUACAUCCACGCGAGGCGGCGUCUCAAGGCUGGCAAACCGCUGCUCGCCUACCACCGCCUCCUCGUGUCGUGGCAAGAACGCAAACGCUACGGCCAAGCGCCACAGAACCCCUUCCCCUCGUACGCAACGCAGAACGCGUACCCCAAUCACCCGCCGUACCAGCAGCGCACCGACGGCAGCUGGCCGGAGGCUCCGCCGCUGUAUAAUGGCGGGGACGCGCCGCCGGGGUACGGAGCGCCGCCAGGCGCGAGUAAAGCCAACCCCAACCAGAGCGGCGGGGUGCCCAUGGAGAUGCCGCCGUACGGAGCGCCGAUGGGGACGGGGCCGCAGCAGAGCGGGGUGGUAGGGGGGGGUCAGGGGGAUGUGGAGCAGGGAGGGAGUGCAGAGCAGCUGCCGCCGCGGCCGCCGCAGAAGGCGAAGGCGGUGCUGAAGGGGUUUACGGAUAGGUUUAGGAAGUAG